AUGGUGACUCUUGCUGUUUAUCUGCUGGUCAUUUUGGCUCGAGGUCUUGCAGGGGGGCCUUGCACUCCAAAUAAAGCAGAUGUAAUUCUAGUAUACUGCUAUCCUAAAACCAUCAUUACCAGAAUUCCAGAGUGCCCUUAUGGAUGGGAGGUUAAUCAGCUGGCACUUGGAGGCAUUUGCUACAAUGGGAUCCACGAUUCAGGAUAUUACCAAUUCACAAUCCCAGACCUGUCACCAAAAAACAAAUCAUACUGUGGCACACAGUCAGAGUUCAAGAAUCCCAUAUACCACUUCUACAACUCCAUCGUCUCCAAUGACUCCUCAGUGAUUGUGAAGAACCAGCCGGUGAAUUACUCCUUCACCUGCUCAUACAAUGCCAACUACCUGGUGAACCAGGCUGCCUUUGACCAAAGGGUGGCCACUGUCCAUGUGAAGAACGGGAGCUCAGGCUCAUUUGAAAGCCAGCUGUCCCUCAACUUCUACUCUAAUGCCAAGUUCUCAAGUAUAAAGGAAGCCCCCUUUGUGGUUGAAACAUCAGAAAUUGGUUCUGACAUAUUUGCUGGAGUGGAAGCGAAGGGCUUAAGUGACAGGUUUAAAGUUGUUCUUAACAACUGCUGGGCAACCCCCUCCUCAGAGUAUUUCUACCAGAUCCACUGGCCUUUGAUCACCAAGGGGUGUGCCACGGACUACUCCAUCCUAGUGCACGAGAAUGGCAAAACGAACCGGGCCACGUUCCAGUUCAACGCCUUCCGCUUCCGCAACAUCCCCAAGCUGUCCAAGGUCUGGCUGCACUGCGAGACGCACAUCUGCGACAGCGAGAAGUUCUCCUGCCCCGUGAUAUGUGACAAGCGAGGGCAGCGCGCGGUACAAACCGGAGGCGUUCUGGUGGCGGAGAUCACCGUGCGCAGCAAAGGUUUAUCCAGAUUUUACACACUCUCAGAUGUCAUCUUCCACCUACUUUUUGUGAUUGGAUUUUCUGCUGUUUUAUUAUAAAAUGCAGCCCAGCUGUACUUUGUAACUUUCCUCGAUCCUGUUUGGACCUGGACUUCUUUACUAAAGAUGUUUAUUUUACAGAGGAAAAAGGAAAGCCACUAAAAAUCCUUGUGCACCAUUUUACCAGAUAAAUAAAACAUUCCAUGAGCUUUGUGCCUCAAAUUCUGGAAAAUCCCAAAGCAGAUUUGCUUCUCCCAAGUCUCUGCUGGCAUUCUGAACUAGUGAAAACCCUUGGGUUAUGCCAAUGCCUCCUUGUAAAAAGCUGUGACGGCAAUAGGACUUGUUCCUAAAGAGAAUAUAGGGAUGUGCAAACUCCGCAUUUUUCAGUGCCAAAUUUACCUUCAGUCUCCUCCUUCCCUGCUAGUCUCAGUGUGGUACCAAACUCCCCUCCAGGCCUGGUCUUGCUAAGUCCCAGUUUGUUCUGUGAAGUCUUGGAACAAAACAGAAACCAGCCUAACGUCAAGGAUGGGAGGAAAGGGUGCUUUUCAUGUAGCAGUAAUUAGAAGGUGUUCAGAGUUAAUUACCCGACAUUUCUUUCCUGAUUCUCAGCGUUGUCAGUAUUGAUUGGUUGGAUUAAGUAGAGCACACUGUAGGA